UAAAUACUGUAAUGCAUUUAAACAGGCUGUAUGUGCUGUCUAUCUCACGCACAAGUACAUUAAAGUGGCAUACAGGGCUGACUGCAUACUAAUAUCUAUACAACAGUGUGGGUUUUACCCUUACUGUGAAUAUUUUAAGUUUUUACACCUACUCUGCUUUCUCUUCAGCACUUGUUUCAGUCCAGUAUCCGACCAGUAACGUUACAGUCAGCUCCUACUCGACUGUCCACAGCAUCUUGAGGCCAGCACGGUUAGCAAGUGUUGGUUAUCAACAACAACAACAACAACAAAAAACUUGGCCCAAAGUGACUGGAAAUGGCCACCAGCCGGACAUGGAAGUUAAAACGCUAUGGGCGUUUCGUUCCCGGCUCCGCUGAGACUAGAGGGCAGCCGUGGAAGAUAUUUGAGGCAACUGGCAAGAAACCGGAAAUUGUCCUCACAGUUGUGGAAUCUGGAUACCUGCUGGUAGUUCAAGGACAGAAAAGCUUGCUGGGUAAGCAAAUCGAGUGCACCUUCUCUAGAAACUUCAAUAGCCUACGUGAUGUCCUUGAGGACACAAUCUCUUUGCUCUGCGGCGCUGAUGCACUCAAAGUACAACAGAAAUCUGAUAACCUGAUGUUUCGAUUUACUGUGGAGGGAGAGGGCCGCAUGAUAAGGAUGCAGUUUGAUGGAAGUUGCAGGGCAGAGGCUAUAAAGGAGUGUUCGAGUGCUGUGGAAAAACUGAUGGAGUACAUGCCUGUCACCACUCAGGAUGACGCCCCGCUGCCCCCUAAUCAGUCCCCUGCUGAGGUCUCAGCGCCAGUGUUACAGCAGACUGGGCAGGGAAAAGCUACAGGAGUUGAGCCUGAAGUUAUCCAGGGAUCGGUGUCCAUCAAGCGUCUCGCCCAGCACUUCUUGGGAGAGACUGCCUUGGCUGUGCCUCAAGUAUAUCGUCACGGCUGUUUGGCACAAGGUGACUUGGAGCCCAUCCUGCGUAUUUGUCUGCUGGAUCCCAGCUUUCAUGCAUUUGUUGAGAAGGUGGAGGGGGAGCUUAGGAAACUGCUUGAAGAGUGAAGAAUCUCAACAACAGCUGAAGGCAGAAAGGUUAUAGGCAUAGUCCUCCUCAUUGUCAUCUGUGUGGGUCUCGUAGUGUAUGUAAUCAGAGAAAGCUGCCAGCAAGAGGUGGAGAUGCAGGAUGCAGAUGUAGCCGAGCUCACUGUGCUCAGGAUGAGCUCUCUACGGACCAGGACAUCAUGAGAGGACUUACACCGCCCACCACACCUGCCAUUAGCUGGCAUGGACACUUUGUAAAUACCUUGAACAGGCUCUACUAAGAGUCUUCAUAACAAUUGUCAAUAAGUGCUGUUUCAGAGUUGUUUUUUUUCCUUCUCAUACAAGUUGGUCAUAGGUUUUAAACGGUCUGUAUGAAGUUGCCGUUAAUAUGGACAUUAUUGCAAACAGGGUUUAUAUUUUUUUCUGUAUUAUCAGUGAAUAUGUAACCGUUGUUGUGUCAGUGUUGAUCUCAUACUUCAGUGCGCCAUGGUGUCAGUUUUUAAUCUCGUUAAAGGAAUAAUUCAGUAUUUUGGGAUAUAUGCUUGAUUGUCUUUUUUGCCAAGAGCUUUAUGUCAAGGUCGAUAACACUCUUAUGUCUGUCCAGUGAAUAUGAAGCUGCAGCCAGCAGCCUCUUAACUUAGCUUAGCUUAGCUUAGCAUAACGACUUGGAAUAGGGGAAAACAGUCAGCCUGGCUUUGUCCGAAGGCAACAGGAUCAGCUUACCCCCUUCUCUAAAAGGACACUAAGUCAUCUCUGAUCUUUGUUUGUUUGAUCCAUACAAAAACCCAAAUGUAAAUAUGAUACUUUGAUGUUGUAUGGGUGGUUAUGUGCAGAGCUAUUUCUUAUAUGCAAGAAGUAGCCAGUCAACCAGCAGAAAACCCCAGGAAAUUACUGCAUGAAACAGGCUGGCAUUUGUAACUCCUGUUGAAAGGUGAAAAAUUGGUUUCCUCUCCCCGUCUGUUCAGUCUUUAUGCUAAGUUUGGCCAACUGGCUGCUGAAUCAAGCUUUAUGUUUACUGGAGAGACAUCCAGUGUUAUCGAUCUUCUCAUAUAACUCACAGCAAGAAGGCAAAGAUGUCAAACUAUUCCUUGAAAGUGAUGGUUUCACUUUGGCACAUUUUGUGUUUGUUUUUUUUUUAUCGGAGAUGAAAUGGCCGCCAGCAGCUCUGGGAAAUUCAGUCAGUACUGUUCUCUUACUCUCAACUUUUUAUAUCUUGAAAAUAGUAUUUCAUUUUUCUAACCUGGAAACAUUUUUUGUGCCUUUUGUAUUAGCUAUAUCGACAUAAGUGGAAUCCUCCGGGCAGCUAAUAUUGAUCUGACUAACACUAACUGACUUGUGCUAUUGUUUGAGGUGUGCAUGCCAAAAAUGAAGUGAUUUUUCACUAGAACUACUUUUUGUUGUCCUCACCCGGGUAGCAUAUGUCUCCAGACUCAUGUAGGAUCAAACCCCCAUCGUGUCCUAUUCUUCCGCUAUGAUCCGGACUGAACUGAUAUUCUUAAUGAUUUACCUGUUUGACAGCUAGAGGUGUAAAAACCAUGUAUGUGAUGAUUUGUAUCAUGGCUGCAAGCAGCCAAUCAUAGGAUGUAGAUGCAAAUUCUAUAAUAGUAUUUGCAGUAUGUUUUUUUUUUUUUUUCAGGAUUUUUUU